AUGGUGGCAACGGGUAUUUAUUUGUUCGGGCUGAAGGGCACCUCCUUUGCAGUCGCUUGGCCGCAGCCAUUCCCCGCAGGCGCUUCAACGGCAAGCGGCAGUAUGGCGUGGGCAAUGCCUGUAAACUCCUUUUGGUUCAGAGGGGAGGCUUCUGAAGGUCUUCCCCUGGGGCCGCUAGUCGUCUCUCCCCCAAUGGAUGGGCCCGGUAUGCAGCCGUCUCCCGUCGGAACCGGUCUAGCGAUGUGGGCUGGCCUUGGAUACCGUUUAGGUGGCUCCUCGUGGGGUCUCCUCUCUGUGGCUCUCUCACUGCCUCCUCUUGCUGAUCUCCUUUGUGCGGUCGUUGGGUUCUGGUUUUUCCUUGCGGGAGACUAUAGGCAAGAGCAGCUCCUCUGCAUGACAGUCGCAGCGACCAUGCCGAAGCAUUUGAUCAUCUAUUUGCUAAUUCUCGUUUGCGGCGCGUCGGUGCGCGUCGCCUUCUAUGGAGUCUUGGAAUUGCUAUUCAUGGCAGCGAUUAAGCUACUUCUGUGCACUAUAGCUUCGAUGUACGCAUCACGGAUCGAAAAGCCCAAUGCUGCUUCACCCGCCUCCACAAAGGAAUCAAAAUUGCUUGCAACAAUCGCUCACGAGUGCGAGCUGGCAGCGGAGAUUUGCAGCUGCCUCCCGUUCGAAGGUUGCAGUUGA